CAGCAGCUGGUCCUGGUUCAGUCUGUCGCAACGUUUUCUUCUUUUCUUUGUUUCACUUGAGAAGUUCUGAUGGACGAACUCUGACCGGGUCGAACCGGAUUAAAACUGGACUAAACCCGGAUUAAAGGCGGAGGACCAGCAGGACCCUGACCCGGAGUGGGACCCGGAGCGGAUCAAAGGAGACUGGGCUCUGUUUCAGGUCUGGUUUCUGGGUGUUCGGAUCAGAAUCCGGAUCAUGGGGAAUUAGGACGGACUGCGUGGAAACUUUUAUUUUUGUCUCCAUGGAGAUGGGAGUUUUUCCCGCCAGUUGAGGAGCUGAUCCCUCUCUGAUCGAGUACCAAUACUCUGUAUUGAUCGUGUAUUGAUCAGCGGGAUGGCCGCGCGCCUCUUGCUGCUGCUCGCGCUCUGGACCUGCGCGUACGCCAAGAGCGCGUUCCCGCUGCGACCCGCUUAUAGUCUGUACGCCGGCGCGCACGCGCACGGAGCUCGCGCCGCCAGCAGACACAGGAACUGGUGUGCGUUUGUUGUGACAAAGACGGUGAGCUGUGUGGUCGAGGACGGAGUGGAAACCUACGUGAAGCCCGAUUAUCAUCCCUGCAGCUGGGGGAGCGGACAGUGCAGCAGGGUGGUGGUCUAUCGGACCUACAUGAGGCCGCGGUACAAAGUGGCCUACAAAAUGGUCACAGAGAUGGAGUGGAAGUGCUGCGACGGCUACAGUGGAGAAGACUGCAACGAUGGUCCAGCUGGAGGAGCAGGAACCCAAAUUUCCACCACCAGACCUCAGCCCAGACCAGGACAGGGGGGAGGAGGCAGUUCUGGAUCUGGCCAGAGCGGACGAGUUGAGAACGAGAAGAUGAAGCAGCUGGAGGAGAAGAUCCAGAUUCUGACCAGGAACCUCCAGGACCUUCAGUCCACCCUAAAUAAACACUUGCAGCAGGAGGCCAACAAACCGGGCUUCACCGGAGGAGGAGGAGGAGGUUCCUCUUCAGGAGGAAGGAACCCUGCUGAUGCAGCUCAGCCGGAGAUAAAAGAGACAAUUCACAACAUUCAGACCAAACUGGACCAGCUGGACAACCGCACACAGGCCCACGAUAAAACCCUGGUCAACAUCAGCAACCACCUGGUCAAUGGGAAAGGAAAUGAGCUGGACGGAGGAGGACUGAGUGGAGAGAGGCUGAGCUCGCUGAGGGAGGAGAUCCUGAGGGAGCUGGAGAGGAGGGUGUCGCUGUCCUGCUCUUCCUGUCAGGCCGGCGUGGAGGAUCUGCGCAGACAGCAGCAGGCGGACAGGGAGAGUAUUCGAGCUCUGGAGAAGCAGCUAAAUGCCAUGGACGCUCGGUACCGGCAGGGCCUGGACGGGCUGCGACGAGAGGUGGAGCGUUCGCAGGGAUGCUGCGACGCCGUCGGUGACCUCCAGGACCGCAUCACUGACGCUGAGCGCAAGAUCAGCUCGGCCUCAGAGGACUUUGAUGUUUUGCAGAACCGCCUGGACAAGGAGCUCAGCGGGGGAGGAGGAGGUUUUGAUGGAGGCGUAGGGGGAGGUAGGAGGGAUGUCGUGGUGACGGAGGACAGACUGGACGGUCGACUGAAAGACCUGGAGCGGCGGAUCAACAGUACUGUGCAGCGGACUGAACAGAGCUGCUCAUACCUGGAGAACGACCUGAAGGACUACUUCCACAGAGAACUGGGAGACCUGAGGGCCGUGUUCCUGGACCGCUUCGAUGACCAGGCUUUCAGGAUCGCAGACGUGGAGCUGGAAGUGGGGCUGGUGAAGGACAGGGUGAGCGAGCACCACAAGAGGCUGUCGAAGCUGGAAAACAAUACCUCCCUCCUGAGCCGGAGGCUGGAGGAGUGCAGCUGUGGAGGUUCUGAGGGGGGAGGACGAGGAGGAGGUGGAGGUGGUAGGGGAGAUGGAGGAGGAACAACAGGAGGAGAUGGAGGAGGUAGGGGAGAUGGAGGUGGAACAACAGGAGGAGGAGGAGGAGGAGGACUGUCUGGAAUGGGGGGAGAAAGAAAAAAUACAACAGAGAAGUCUCUGGAGUGGAGAGUGGUCGCCAACGAGGAUCAGAUUCGACACUUUAACACUCGACUGAAAGACCUGUCGGUGUCCGGAGACUCUCUGUACGACAAGGUUGUGGACCUGAGCCACGACGUGCGGAAGAUCAAGGCUCUGACGGGGGAUCACGGCGAACACUUCAGUCGCAUCGUGACAGAGGUGGAGCUGCUGGGCCAGGACUGCGAGCUGUGCGGGAAGGUGGAGGACGAGCUGCAGAGGCUAAAGAAUCAUUCCCAGGAUGCACUGGGGCUGAUGCAGAGCCACAUCAACAGCCUUCAGGUCAGACUGGACUCAGGGGGAGAAGGCUGCUCCCAGAUCUGUUCGCACCUGGAGGACGAGGUCCGCCUGCUGCGAGACGACGUCAGCAGGUGCACCGGCCAAUGUAAAACCGGGCCGGACACACCCUCAGGUGGCGGUUCUGGUAGCACUGGUGGUACCAGUGGACGUGGACCUGGGUUGGAUGCUGAGAAGCCUCUAGAUGGCCACAGCGUGAUCGGAGGCUCCAUCAACAACAACCAGCUGAAGACACUGCAGGGCGAGCUGUCCGAGGUCAUCCUCACCUUCAGCUCCAUCAACGAUACCCUGAAGGGGCUCGAACACACGGUGCAGAAACACGGCAGCGUCAUCACCGACCUUGGAAACACCAAGGAUAAGAUCAUCUCUGAGCUGGACAAAAUCCAGCAGGAGGUGACGGAGCACAUCGAGGAGAGCGGGGAGCGCCUGGACGGGAUGGGUCGGGAUGUCCAGCGGUUCGAGAGCACGCUGCUGGUGGAAAUAGGAGACUGUAAGAGGUCUGGAGAAGGGUUGGAGAAGAGGCUGUCGAAGCUGGAGGGAGUCUGUGGGAGGUUGGACGGUGUCUCUGACUCCAUCCUCAAGAUCAAGGAAGGACUGAACCGACAUGUGUCGAGCUUGUGGACGUGUGUUUCUGGUCUGAAUGACUCAGUCGUCCAACACGGAGGAAUCAUGGACUUCAUUCAGAAGAACCAAGAAGAGGUCUACAGCAAGAUGAAGAAUCUGAACUCGAGCCUGAACCAGGUCUUCAAAGAGCUGCAGAGUUUCUCUGAGCGCGAGAUGACCGGCCUGCCGGGACCCCAAGGGCCCCCUGGACCCCCGGGAGAGAGAGGCAUCAAUGGGCUGCCGGGUCCACAAGGGCCCCUCGGACCUCCUGGACGACAAGGUGAAAGUGGAGCGCGAGGUCUGCCCGGUCCCAAAGGUGAACGAGGUGCGUCAGGGCUGCCUGGUGUCGAUGCUCACGUACCCAGACUGUCCUUCUCUGCCGCUCUCACGUUUCCCAUGGAGAGGGCCGGAACCAUCGUCUUUGACAAGAUCUUUGUCAAUGAAGGAGACUUCUACGACCCGAAAACAGGUAUUUUCACCGCCCCCAUAGACGGACAUUACUUCUUCAGCGCCAUCCUAACCGGACAUAAGAAGGAGAAGAUCGAGGCAGUUCUGUCCAAGUCUAAUUACGGCAUGGCCCGCGUGGACUCCGGAGGCUACCAGCCUGAAGGUCUAGAGAACAACCCUGUGGCCGAGGCUAAAACCACCCCGGGAUCUCUCGCCGUCUUCAACAUCAUCCUGCCUCUGCAGACUCGGGACACGGUCUGCAUCGACCUGGUGAUGGGCAAACUGGCCCACUCUGUGGAGCCGCUCACCAUCUUCAGCGGCAUGCUGCUGUACGAGGACAUGUGAAGAGUUCAUACUGACGAGCAGCAUUGAGAUUCAUGACAGACCUGCAGGAGGCGGCACCAUAAAGUAUGAUGUCACUUCCUCGUUGAAUCUUUUACCUGAACCUUCGGUCCCGGACCCACUUCUGUCUGUUCUAACAGAUCACAUUGGUUUUAUCGUAUUAUCCUACAGAGCGUUUAUGUCACUUCACAUGUGGAUGGAUUUAAUCCAGUCAGCUGAUCUGAUGUGGUCACAUGACCUAACUUCAGAGCAGCCCUGUGAGGAUCAGCUGAUGCCUGCCGGCCUGCUUCCUGCUGCCGCUUGAAGCUUUGAACACAUGUGUUGAACAGUGUAAUAUGUCGCUGGCGUCUUUGUGUUUGUGGACCAAGGUAUGGGACAGACAAAUGGACGCUCAUCGCCAUCCUUAAGCCCCGCCCCCCAGCAGGUCAGACGUUGUCAUGGCAACAUGACAGAGUGACUCUAAGCUUCAUGUGUUUUCUGAGAUUUGUUCCCACUGUGAAUGUUUUAUAUGAAGCUGCAUCUUGUUCCAUUAGCGUCACAUCACAACUGUUAUCAAAUCCCAUGAAUAAAUAUUUAGAUCAUUUACUUAAAGGUGCCGUAGAAUCGUCAUUUUCAGGUUCAGACUUAAUGUUUUUAAGUGUUAAAUGUUUAAAAAAACACAUUAUUUUUGUCAUCGUAGCUCCAGCUCCUCUUUUCAGCCUCUGUCUGAACACUCAGUGUUAAUUCAUGUCUCUUUAAGCCCCCCCACCCCCGAAUGCCCAGUUGCUUCUGAUUGGCGAAGUUCCCCAAGCACAGCAGAGGGGCGGGGCCUAACUGCAGAAACAAAACUUUAUAACUUCAGUCUCUGGUUGAUGGAUUAGCGGGUAGUUUAGCUGCUAACUACUGCUAACAGCAGCUGCUGCUAGCCGCUCAGUUAGCUGUGCAGCUAGUCAUCCUGUUGCUGAUUCUACCCGGACUGGAAGCUCGGUGCUCCGGGGGCGUGUUGGCGUUUCCACAUCUAACAUCAGUACAGAAACUUUGGACCGCUGGUUCAGAGCCAGCUGAUCACAGCAGCUAGCGUUAGCAGCAGCUAGCAGUUACUGUAAGGUAAGCAAAAAGGAAAGCCAGAGGACAUCAGAGGAAAAACCACAAAAGACUUCCCUUUCCUUCAGAACCGUAAAAACUCUGAACGACCUCCAGCUCCAUCAGCUCGCAUGACCGCUUCUCUGGAACGCGGGCUGGUCUCUGAAACCUUCUUGAGGCGUAAACAUUAAAGAUCCCAGAUGUUACAUCACAUCUAGCCCCUUUUUUUACGGGGCCUUCUGCAUGUGAGAGGUUUACAUAUGAAGGAGACCGAGGCUCACGGUGCAUCAGCUCCAUGUUCUGAACUUUUUUUUUAUUCAACAACACCGAGAUAAAUACAGUUUUCCAUUCUACGGCACCUUUAAAGGCAUAAUAUAUAGAAUAUGAAGUAUAUUCCAAACAAAACUGUGGAAGAAGAAGAAUCCCUCUCGGUAUCACGUGUGAGCAGCGGCAGCGUUUGGCGUGUCUGUGUCUGCAGAGACGCCAAACGCUGCCUGUGUUUUCUUAUUAUUUUGCUGUUCGGGACGUUUCUGGGCGUCGUGAUGUCGUAGCGAGCAGUUACAGACAGCAUUCACACAGAAACCUUCCCGCAGGUCACGUGGAGGCGUGGCCGCGUUCAUGUGCUUUAGGAUGUAGCUGCCGUGAAACAAGAUCUGGUUCACUGCUUUCUCCUCGCUAACGCCGCUCUCUUUAUUCUUCUAAAUGUUAUUUAAGUAAAAGUUUUAUUUGAGAAAUGUUCCUAAAGCAGUAGAUGUUAGUUUGGCACAGAGGAAUAAGAUAUAUCAGCUCUUGUUAGUGGACACAAUCGUGUUGCUUUGAGUCUGAACAUGAGAUUUGUUGACAAAUGUAACACAUAGUUUCGUCAUUCGCACAUGAGGCUGAGAACAGCAGACUGACGUUUCAUCUGAUGACGCUGUUAGUUUGGAGGAUGAUCACGGUUCUGACAGGAAAUCUGCAACACAUCGACACUUCCAUCAGUAACCUGGUUUUCUCUUCACUGUCUAAUAAACUGAUGCACGACGGAUAUUCAGAGCACUAACGCUCUGAUCAUUUCCAGAGAACGCCACAUGUGACCGAGUGAUGUUAGAAACUUUGUGCUCCGACGGGCUUGAAGGCCGGUUCUAACCUGUUUUAACAUUUAACACUUUUGUGUUGAUGAAUUAUUUUCACUUCAUUAAACACGAGUCAGACCCAGCGGGUUGUUUAACAGUCUGCUGGGUUUUUCAACGUA